CCAAAACAAAGUACCAGCUCUUUUCUUUCUCUUGCUCUUUCUCGUUUCUUUUAAAAAUUUUAUUCCCCUGUAUUUAUCCAUCAUUACUACUCUCUCCGUCUCUCUCUUUCUACGGUGCUGCAGAACGGAGAAGGCGCGGCUCCUCCCCCUCCUGCGCCUCCGCUGUACUAACCCGCAUCCCAUCCCCCUUCUCUCUCUAUCUCUCGGAUUCUUCUGCUCCAAAUCCCAAAUCCCUCCCUCGAUAUCUCCCCCCCCCCCCGCUCUCUUUCCCUUUUCUUGAUUCCUCGAUCCCCGAGUUCGACCUCUCCGACCGGCAUUGGGGCCUCCGAUCCCCUCCGCCGAUAUCGCCUAGGGUUUCUAUCGAGACGUUUCUUGAUCUUUUUCUCUCGAUAUUCUGAUCCGAAUGAUGGAAGAAAUAUAUGGUUUUGUAGAUGAUAUUGGUCUUCGAUGGACCAGCACGGGAAUGUAUUAGGGUUUUUAGGGGUCCCUGAGUUGUCGCUAAUGACCGACGCCUGGCGGCACCGGGAUCCGAGCAUGAGAGCUCCGCUGGUUCCCCUCGCCACCCUCAUCGGCCGUGAGCUCCGUGGAGACAAGUCGGAGAAGCCCAUCGUCAAGUGCGGCCACCACGCCUUCGCCAAGCGGGGCGAGGACUACUUCCUCAUCAAACCCGACUACCUCCGGAUCCCUGGCAACCCCUCCACCUCCUUCUCCGUCUUCGCGAUCUUCGAUGGGCACAAUGGAGUGUCUGCAGCCGUGUUCGCAAAAGAGCAUCUCCUGGAUAAUGUUAUGAGUGCGAUUCCUCCGGGGCUUGGCAGGGAGGAGUGGCUCCAGGCCCUUCCGCAGGCUCUGGUUGCCGGCUUCGUGAGGACGGAUAUAGAUUUCCAGCGGAAAGGGGAGACUUCGGGGACGACGGUGACCCUUGUUGUGGUUGAUGGGUGGACGGUGACAGUCGCAUCGGUGGGCGACUCGCGGUGCAUACUGGAUACACAGGGUGGUGUGGUUUCUUUGCUGACCGUCGAUCAUAGGCUGGAAGAGAAUGCAGAGGAAAGGGAACGUGUUACUGCUAGCGGGGGAGAGGUCGGAAGGCUUAAUCUCUCUGGCGGCCAGGAGGUCGGUCCGCUCCGCUGCUGGCCGGGUGGUUUGUGCCUUUCAAGGUCAAUAGGUGAUACGGAUGUUGGUGAAUUCAUCGUCCCGAUACCGCAUGUUAAGCAAGUGAAGCUUUCAAGAACCGGAGGACGCCUAAUAAUUGCAUCAGAUGGCAUAUGGGAUGCUCUGUCGUCAGAGGUGGCCGCGAAGGCUUGCCGAGGGAUACCUGCAGAACUUGCUGCAAAGCUUGUUGUUAAGGAAGCUUUGAGAACAAGUGGCUUGAAAGAUGACACGACUUGCGUAGUUGUUGAUAUCAUUCCACCUUCAUCUGAUCGUUGUGUCCUACCAUCAUCUCCAAAAAAGCAUCAGAAUAAGUUUACAUCUCUUCUUUUUGGGAAAAAGUUGCAGAACACUGCUGGUAAACACACAAACAAACUUUCAUCGGUUGGUGCUGUCGAGGAACUUUUUGAAGAGGGUUCUGCAAUCCUGGAAGAAAGAUUGGGUAAGAACUUCCCAUUGAAGGCGAACUCAUCACCUUUCCGGUGUGCAAUAUGCCAAAUGGAUCAACCACGGAGUGAGGGUUUAUCUGCCAUUGCAGGCACUUACUUUUCACCGCCAUCAAAACCAUGGGAGGGCCCCUAUCUUUGUGUUGAGUGCAGAAGAAAGAAGGAUGCCAUGGAAGGAAAACGACUAAGCCAGUCAACAGUGUCUAGAAGAAAAGAUUGGUGAAAUGUUUGUUAUGCUCUCUCCAAGCAAUGCAAGUAUUCGGUUUCUUGGGGUACUUUGCUGUGUAAAAAGUGAGCUGAAUAAACUGUUUGAUGAUGUUUGUAAGUUGCCACUUUUAUUGUUUGGUGAACUAACUCCGGUGCUCUAUCAGAUUGUGAUAGUUUGAUUACUAACCACUCGGAAAUUUGUACGGAAUACUAAUGGCAUAGUGAUAUUUUGCAAGAGAAUGCUGUUGUCAAUACGCUCGGCAGCCUCAGGCUUUUGGUUUUGAGGGCUCCAAGCUUAUGAAGUAGUGAAAUGAGGUUUUUGACUGAAUUCA